UAUUUGAUUACAACACACAUGCUACCUCCAACGAAGCAUUACUCACCCAGCUCUGUGCGCUGUGUUUAUAUAGACCGCGGAGCCCAGUGCAGACUCACUCAGCCCUCUGCCUGUGCUCACUCAACACAGAGGAGCUGCAGCCAGGAGACCACUCAACAGCAAAGGGGAAGGACUCAGUAAGAGCACAACCGAAGGGCAGCUAGCGCUCUGUCUCUCUCUUUCUCUCUCAUUCACACACACGCGCACACACACACACACACACUCUCAAGCGCACAUGGACACACGCACCAGCAUGUCUCUGCUCAGGGCGCUGCUGGCCGUCUGCCUGCUCGGCUGCCCGUGCGUUCUCGGGUACGAGGAUGAGAUCGAGGUGAACUACGCAGACUCUUACUACAAUGAGAUCACGGACGGCGAGCAACAGGAAGGGUUGACAACGCCCUCUCCCUGUCAGGGCCAGGAGCUCACCAGGUGGGACAAGCUCUUCGUCAUGAUCGAGGACUCCCAGAUGAGGGAGAACAUGCUGCUGCACUAUGUGGACGACAUCAUCAAAGCGGAGCUGCAGUCUCUGCGGGGGGAGGUGCGGCGGCUGCUGGGGGGCCAGGCCGGGACCUGCUCGGGCGCGGCGGAUGCCGUCGGCCGUCGGCUGGCCACACACAUGGAGCAGAAGGUGGAACAGGGGCUGGACCGGGUCAGAACCGCCGCUGCGGAGCAGGCGGCCCGGCAGGAUGCGGCGCUGCAGCAGCUCCUGGAGGCCGGCCGGAACCAGGCGGCUCGGCUCGGCAAGCUGGAGACCUGCUGCCUCAGCGGGGCGGGGCUGGGGGCCAAGACUUUCACCGCCCCGCACAAGCAGCAGGACGUGACCACCAGCGAGGUCGGCCAGGUGGAGAAGGCUCUCGCCGCCAUGGCGGUGGAUCUGCAGAGGGUCCAGGCCCAGCUGAGCCUCUCCCAGCGGUGGGCCGCUCAGCAUUUCCUGCCCUCAGGGUGUGAGACAGCCCUGCUCUUCCCCAUGCGAUCCCGGCGGAUCUAUGCUGCGGUCAACCCCGACGCCCCCAUGUCCCUGCGCUCCUUCACGGUCUGCCUGUGGGCCAAGGCGACGGAGGCGCUCAACAAGACGGUGCUCUUCUCCUAUGGCACCAAGCGCAACCCGUACGAGAUCCAGCUGCUGCUGAGCCGCACGGCAGCGCAGUUCACCGUGGGAGGGGAGGCGCACCUGGUGGAGGCGCGCGAGGCGGUGCAGGAGGGCCGCUGGGCGCACCUCUGCGGGGCAUGGAGCUCAGAGCAGGGCCUGGCCGCACUGUGGGUGAACGGGAAGCAGGUGGCCAGCUCGCCCGGCGUGGCGGAGGGCCACACCCUCUCCAACGGCGGGGUCAUGCAGCUGGGCCAGGAGAAGAACGGGUGCUGCAGCUUCGGCUUCGACGGCGGCUUCGACGCCAAGCUGGCCUUCGCCGGCAAGAUGACGGGCGUCAAUGUGUGGGACAGGGCGCUGGGGGCGGAGGAGAUCUCCCAGCAGGCACUGCAGGAGGGGUCCUGCAACAGGCGGGGGAACGUGGUCGGCUGGGGCGUUUCAGAGAUCAUACCACAUGGGGGCGCUCAAUAUAUAAACUGAACCUUCAGCUCCCCCCCUGCCACUGGAAUGCCAACUCCUGUUUGUCAUUGCCAAGUGGAGCAAUAUAUUUGAACAGAAACUUGCUAUGAAAUAGGAUACUGUGCAAGUGUGAAUAAUUUCCAUUUAGGGAAUUUUGUUAUUUAUGAAGAAUAAUUCUUGGGAAGGAACGUCAUGUGAA